AUGGCGCCGCCACCAGCGUCACCGUGGAGCUUGAGGUCCUGGACUGCCCCGUCUGCUUUGGGCCCCUACAGCCUCCGAUUUUUCAGUGUGCUGUGGGACAUCUCAUAUGUUCAUCCUGCUGUGGCAAGCUCCAAAAACCUAAGAAAUGCCACCACUGCUCCCGUGAAAGCGAGUACGACCGCUGCCAUGGGGUUGAAAAAAAUCAUUGAAUCUAUCCAAGUUCCUUGCUCCAACACGAAGUAUGGAUGCUCCAUGAAGACAAGCUACUAUGAAAGGGCAGGUCAUGAGACAAAAUGCCGGUACGCGCCAUGCUUCUGUCCUGACAGCGGCUGCAGCUUCUCCGCCUCAACUGGACUGCUUCAAGAACAUUUCAGCACAGAGCACCACUGGCCGUUCACCAAGUGCAAGUAUGGCUGGUGCUUUUACGCCGAUGUGAAGGAAGGUGUUCAUGUCAUCUCCAGCGAAGAUGAACAACUGUUCCUUCGCAUCAUUGCAUCAGAGCCAUUUGGCUGUGUCAUCUCAGUGUUCUGUGUGCAGCCUCAUGAUACUGAGCCGAAAUCCCGUUGUGCUGUGACCUUCAGCUUCUGGAAGAACAACUCGUACCACAGCCAGUCUUCAGAAUUCCAAGCGCCAAGCACGACACUUUCUGACAGUAUACCAAGGGAUCGUUUCCUGUUCAUUUUGCCCAGGUUCUAUAUAGACGAGGACAGCAGAAUCUGCGUCACUAUGAAGAAGGAUUCAGGAUUUCAACAUGAAAAAACCGACACCUUGGGUGCUGAUUGUUACUCGUCAUUAUUUUCGCCUAAGGGCAAGUGA